AUGGCAGAGAAGCUAGGCAUUGCUGUAGCUUUGCAGCGCCCUACUACUUCAAUCAUGUUUAGAGAUGCAACUUCUAAGUCUCCUCUUGGUGUGUUCAAGAACUAUCACUUGAAAAUUGGAGAAUGCAUCAUCCAAACUGAUCUUACUGUCAUGGAGAUGGAAGAAGAGAAGGAUCUACCUCUGUUAUUGGGAACCCCAUUCCUUAGCAUAGUUGGUGCUUCAAUAGAAUUUCACAAGCAAGAGGUGAUUCUUCACAAGGUGAAUAGUUUGGUGUCAUAUCGCUUGCAGCCUAGAGGUUCAGACUUUUGUGCCACAAUUGACAGUACCACCCUCAGUUCUAAGACUCUUGAAGCUACAAAGAUUGUGAAGGAAAGAGUUGACAAAGAACCAGAGUUGGGAAGGAUAAGGUUGAUAGAGGACCACGGACUGAGAAGCCACGUCUUGAGAGGGCUAGAGUUGAUAAACCACGUCCUGAUAAGCCACGAGCUGAUAGACUUGUUCAUGCCCCUUGUGUGCUUGAUGAAGAGAGCCUUCAAGCUUUGUUUGAUGAGCCACUAG